AUGUGCGGCAUCGUCGCUCUCAUCUUGGCCGACACCGACUCGCACAAUGCCGACGCGGCCGUCGACCUGCAUGAAAGCCUCUAUUACCUUCAGCACAGAGGCCAAGAUGCGUGUGGCAUCACCACCUGCGGCGCGGGCGGCAGAAUCUUCCAGUGCAAGGGCAAUGGCAUGGUAGCCAAGGUAUUUGGAGAUGGCAAGCGCGUCGCCGACCUCCCGGGAUACAUGGGCAUCGCCCAUCUUCGCUACCCGACCGCGGGAACGAGCUCGAGCGCAGAGUCGCAGCCCUUCUACGUCAACUCGCCCUAUGGAAUAUGUUGCGCUCACAACGGAAACAUCACCAAUGCCCCCGAGCUGCGCCGUUUCCUCGACCAAGAGGCGCACCGCCACGUCAACACCGACUCCGACAGCGAACUGAUGCUUAACAUUUUUGCCAACGCGCUCAACGAAACCGGCAAGGCCCGAGUCAACGUCGACGACAUCUUCAAGGCCCUGACCAAGAUGUAUCAGAAAUGCGAGGGAGCAUGGGCCAACACAGCCAUGAUUGCCGGCUUCGGCAUUUUCGCUUUCCGCGACUCCUUUGGUAUCCGGCCUCUGGUCAUGGGCAGUCGGCCCUCGGCGACGGUCCAAGGUGGGACCGAUUACAUGCUGGCGUCUGAGAGCAUCGCACUUCGCCAAGUGGGCUUCAAGGAUAUUCGAGACAUUCUCCCAGGCGAGGCAGUCUUUAUUCAAAAAGGCGGAAAGCCCGAGUUUCGGCAAGUGGCGGAGCGCCAGGCAUAUUCGCCAGACAUCUUCGAGUACGUCUACUUUGCCCGGCCAGACACGGUCAUGGACGGCAUCUCGAUCCACACGAGCAGACAACACAUGGGCGUCAAACUGGCCAAGAAGCUCAAGGACACCCUUGGCGAAGACGGCAUCAAGGAAAUCGACGUCUUCAUCCCAGUGCCAGAAACGAGCAACACCGCCGCCUCCGUCGUGUCCGAGCAGCUCGGCAAGCCCUUUUCCAACGGAUUCGUCAAGAACCGCUAUGUGUACAGGACCUUUAUCCUGCCCGGGCAAAAGGCGCGAGAAAAGGGCGUUCGAAGAAAACUGAGCGCCAUGGAAUCCGAGUUCCAGGGACGCGUUGUAUGCUUGGUAGAUGAUUCCAUCGUUCGCGGUACGACAAGCAGAGAGAUUGUGAGCAUGGCGCGGGAGGCUGGUGCCCGCAAGGUCAUCUUUGCGAGCUGCGCGCCCCCCAUUACGUAUCCGCACGUCCAUGGCAUUGACCUCGCCAGCUCGAAUGAGCUCAUCGCGCACGGCAAGACUAGACAGGAUAUCGCAAAGCACAUCAACGCCGACGACGUCAUAUACCAGGAUCUCGAGGAUCUCAAGGCCGCCUGCACAGAGUCUUCGCCUCAAGGGCACAUCAAGGACUUUGAGGUGGGCGUCUUCUGCGGCGAGUACAAGACGGGGCUUCCCGACGGCUACCUGGAGCACCUGGAUCGGAUACGGAAGAAGAAGUCGAAGCCGGCGGCAUUUGCAAGUGCUCAGCAGCCGAGUACGAAUGGGAACGGCAGGCCCGUACAUACAGUCGCCGACAGCCCGCCGGCCAUCGUCAACGGACGACAUGACGUGGCUUCGCUAGCAUCAACCAUAGAGCCCCGGAGCCCCGAGCACCGUGAGGACGUCGGUCUUCACAAUCUGGCGAUGGACCCGUAG